AUGACCAUAGCACGUCACCUGAAAUAUGAUCCUCCAUUGCAAGGGGCGAGACCGUCUGAGAAUCGGGAACUCGACGUCAUACGAGAAUCGUGGGUGGGAUUUUGUGAACUAGAUAACCACGCGGCCAUAGUCUGGGCCAGUGUUAUCUUCUACCACAAGUUGCAUCCAUUUACGACAUUCCCGUCGUCUAGCGGAGCGGGAGCCUGCACCACACGAGCAACGGGCUAUCAGCAAUUGAGCCAUCCUAGGCGUCGGAAAAUUGACAGCCCAGUCGCGGCCAUGGGUGGAAAUGAGGCAAAAGAAAGAUGGCCGCAUCGACAGGAGGGAAACAGGUACCAAGGCAACUAG